AUGAGUGUGUAGCAGCAGAAUCUAGGAAAAAUAGCUUCACCUUGCUAUAGCCCUUAUAUUCAGCAAAGAUAGGAGGACGAGGUUAUUAUUCAAGAGCAAAUAAUACAAGAAACUCUCCUCACAGAAAACACUAAUGAGCUUGAACAAUAGGAGUUAGAGCAGAAAUAAAAAGAACUAGAGAAGGAAAUGCAGGAAGAAGAAGAUUUUGCCUUGUUUGAAAAAGCUAUGCUAACUAAUCAACGGAAAAUCAAUCACACAAAGUAGAGAUUCUAUUCUCAAUCAUAGUAGCUUGACUCAAUGACCGAUCAAAAAUUAACUUAUCACAGACUAGGUCUAUUAGUGUAUGAUUCAAAGGCAAACAUAAAAGUAGUAGAUUCUCCAUUUAAAGAAUUAUCACAAACAUAAGUAGAUGCAUUCUAUGCCACCAAUUACUAUACUGUCACAGAUGAACCCAAGGCCAAUAAACUUAAAUUUGUAAAAAAACUAGCACCGAACGUUUAGGUAGAAAACUGUUCUAAGAUUGAAGCCAAAAUUUUUUAAAAGCUCCCUUCAUUCUCUAAGAAAAAGUAGUAUAAAAAAGAAUUCGAGUUAAGAAUCCCCAGCUCAGAUUCGAUUGUUCUUUUCAACUCCAGAUUUGAGAGCGGCAAUUUAGGUCAGGCAAUUAGAUAAUCCGAUGGAGAUUAUAUGCUUUUUCUAGAAUUUGAUACUAAUUCGCAUAACCAUUCAUAAUGGUUUUACUUUUCUGCAAUGGGUAGAAGACGAGGGUAAUCAAUCAAAUUUACUAUAAUAAAUCUGAUGAAAGUGGACUCUUUGUACAAUAAAGGGAUGUAAAUAUGUACAUUUUCUUAAAAGAAAUAUGAGACCUCAGGAUAGGGAUGGCAUCGCAGCGGCUACAACAUUAAAUAUUCAAGAAAUAAAUACAACACAGCUUAUAUUCCUACAAAAGAAUUAGAUAUGGUUGAUGAUGAUGAGAGCUAGGAAGAAGGGGAGGAUUAGGAGGAAAAGACAAGGGUCCAUUACUCUUUGACUUUCUAAUAUACAUUUGAGCAUGAUAACGACACAGUGUUUUUCAGUCAUUUUUACCCUUUCACUCAUAGAGAUUUAAAAAAAUCUCUAGGUCAAAUCAUGGAUUUACCCAAGAUGUCUAAUAUAAUGAGAAUUGACAAUCUCUGUGAUACUCUAGGUGGAAAUCCUUGCUACAUAUUAACAAUCACUUAAAACAUUAAGACAUAUUUGACAUCAGAGGAUGAAUAGCAGCUGUUAAAGAAAUCAGAUGCAGCAAGGGCUAUGGUAAAAAAGAAACUAGAGAUAUACGAGGCUAGAUAAAAAGUUAGAGAGGUCAUAUUAUAAAAUAAUUAGCUCCAAAAAUUGUAACAGCAGCACUUGAAAGAUCAACCAAACAUUCAAGAUGCAGAUGGAGCUGAGUAAGUACACAGGACACCUUCAGUGAAUACAAGCCAGAAUCUGGUGCAAAUAGUUGACUAUGGCUUCAACCCAUAUAUGAAUUAAUAUCUUAACGACCACAAAAAGAAAAGGGCGAUUGUACUAACGGCUAGAGUGCAUCCAGGUGAAUCUAAUUCAUCUUUUAUUAUGGAUGGCAUAAUCAGAUUCCUAACUAGCAAUUGCAAAGAAGCCAAAAUACUCAGACAGAACUACAUCUUUAAGAUAGUACCAAUGUUGAAUCCUGAUGGAGUGAUAUACGGUAAUUACAGAUGUUCAUUAUUAGGAGUUGAUCUAAACAGAAGAUGGAUUAAUCCCUCUAAAAUCCUGCACCCAACAAUCCACUACACUAAGCAGAUUAUAAAGAUGUUAGAUUUGGACAGGACUAUUGAUCUUUACACAGAUAUACAUGGGCAUUCUAGAAAGUAUAAUGUAUUCAUGUAUGGGUGUGCAUUUCCUGAGAUAUCGAUUGACUCUAGAAACAAUUCUAUUAUAAAGGUCUUGCCCUCAAUACUGAAUGACAGAGUGGAGGCAUUUAAAAUGAAGGACUGCAAGUUCGCCUUGGAAAAGGAAAAGGAGUCUACCGCUAGGAUUGUUCUCUUUAAGGAACUGCAAAUUGUAAAUAGUUAUACUAUGGAGGCUAGUUUCUUUGGAACUGAACCAGAAGAGGUUGUAAAGCAAGUUGAAGAUAAUAAUGAAGAGGAGGAUGAAGUAUCUGGAGCCAGUGAGGAUGACGAUAACUCACCUAGGAAGCCAAUGGAAGAUUCCAAGCAGUAGCUGGAUGAAAGCCACUAAAACAUACAGCAGUCUCCAAAUCCAGAUGAGAAAAAGAUCGAUGACGAUCCUAGAUACAUUCUACUAGUCAAGAAAAAUGAUGACCCGGAUGGUCCAAAACCCUAAAUAAAAUUUACACCAAGAGUUUUGUAACAGAUUGGUUAUGACUUCUGCAGAUCUCUAUACCUUUUCAUGAAUCCUAUGCAUGUUAGGAAGUAAGUCAAUCGUCUAAUGAAUGAGGCUAGAAAAAAAAGACUUGGCAACUAAGCCACUUCUCCCUAGAGAGAUAAAUCAAAUAUAGAAUAAAGUACACCCAUGCAAAUAAAUUUACAACCUACUAAUCUAUAAAGCAACAACAACAAUAUAAAAGAACCCUAUUAAGCUACUACCAGUUUGAAAAGACAACCUCGCAUUAAUACAAAUUCUAGAGAAUCUCCGACUAAGGUAUCAAGAUUCAAGAAUCUUAACAGUAUAAACUAAACUCUAUAACUCUAAAAUUAGGAGAGAGUAGAAUCUUUUAGAACCAAACUCAAUCAGAAAUCAUUCGUAGUGAAUUCCUAGAAAAUCAAGAAACUACUUGAUUCCAGAGAUCAGAACGAAAGAGAUCGUGAUAGGACUAUAAAUGUAAUAAGUACUGAUAGACUACCAAUAAUAGAAGCCAAAGACAGUUUUAUCGAAAAGGUUGAUAGUUUCAUCCAGUCCAAACCUUAUGAAUCAAGACUAAAACUAGACACUUCCUAGCAAAGAUCUCUCUAAAGAGACAAAGAAGCAGAGAUCAUAAUUUAGUAGUUAAGUCCAAAUAUAAGCAUAAUAAAUCAUAGAGAAUAAAGUUCAUAAAAUAGUAUAAGAAAGAAUAGGAAAUCUGAUCUUGGAAUUAAUAGUUUGACUUUUAAUGAUAAGUACAUUACCCUUAAGAGGUAAAGUGCUGUUCGGUAGCCAGCUAAUCUCAAGACUAAAAUAUAAGAAAUGAUAGUAAAUACACCUUUUAAUGCAAAGUCUUUGGAGUAAAACCCUUCUUUAGUUGCUUUGUAUCCACUCAAUUCCAUUACAUCAAAUAACAUCAACAUUUAAAGCAAUAACAACAGCAGUACAAACAAAUCAUUUAUGGUAAUCAACUCAAAGAUAGACACUAACAAUCAUUACGUGGCACGAGACAGAUACCUUAGGAAUGAAAAACAGUAGCAAGCUAUUAGUGCGUAGCAGAGAAGCAUAAACAUUCACAAGCAGCUAAGCUCUAAUUCAGAUGGUAUCGCUAAAUUUGCAGGCUCACUUAAUAAAAAGAACUCAUUUAUUAACUUCCCCUUUUCAAUGAUGCCAGAUUCAUCCAUCUUCAAUCAGAGUUUAACUACUAAUAACGAUGAUAUAUCUCCUUAUAACAGUAAUACUCAUAAUUCCAUCGUUUAUCAGAAGAAAUCCUAAUUGGAAUAGCCUGGUCUUGGAAGCUUUGGAAAUCACUUCUAAGUUAGCAAUAUGGAUCCUACUCAUGUUUACAUUAAGUCUUAGAAAGUGUAAAGGGUGUCGAUUAAUCUUGGUAAUCUUAGUGUCAAAUUGCCAUCAAUUAAACUAAAGAAUGAACAGCAGCAGAAUGCCUUUAACCCUAAGUUUUUCUCAAAUCACUAGUCAAAGGAUUCAUUUGAAGACACCUAGGGAUAGAUACCAUCAAUAAACCUAAAUGAACUACUGAAAUCCAGAAUCGAAGACAAAUCCAAAAGUGUCAAUAAGAACUUCAAGCCUAAAAGAUGA